AUUAAAAACUGAGAAUACACCAGACAAUCUCAAAGAUUCUGAUCUUGAAACAAUGAGCAUUAAGCACUCACAGAAUCAGAAGAGGUGACACCAUCAAUGUUUAUGAUUCGAUUAGAGAUAUUUCAUAUGAAAUCAAGCCCUUGUACCAAACAACCCAUAACUGUCUUCAUAUUUGUACUAAAAAAAUAAAAAAAUAACUGUCUUCGUAGAAAUUACCACAUAUGUAUAAUAAUAAUAAUAAUUUAUCGUAGGAAACUAAACCAAGUCCAAAACAUGUUGGCUGCGCUACAACAAUCACCCUCUUUUAUAGUAAGCGCACUCAUUCGAAUUCACUCGCCAUCCUUAUCCACCACCGCCACUCUUUCGCUAUUUCAACCCCCGUAUAAGCAUCGUUUUUAUCACCACUCUCCCCGUAGAUCAUUCCAAUCUGGAACUGCUGCUAUGGCUGCUGGAAGUCAUACCUCCGCCGUCGCCGCUGACUCCCGGGAACACGUCGUCGGAAAGUGGUUCUCGGCGCCCGACAUCCGGCUUCGUGACCACCGAUUCACUGUACCUCUUGACUACUCACGCAGGCACUCUUCUCCUAAAAUCUCUGUCUUCGCUCGCGAAGUGGUUGCAGCUGGGAAAGAAGAGCAGCCAUUGCCUUACUUGUUAUUCCUACAAGGUGGACCGGGAUUUGAGUGUCCGAGGCCAACCGAAGCCAAUGGCUGGAUACAAAAAGCAUGUGAAGACUAUCGUGUUGUGUUGAUGGAUCAGCGAGGUACAGGUUUGUCAACUCCUUUGACAUGUUCAUCCAUGUUGCAAUUGAAAUCUGCUGAAGAUUUGGUUGAUUACGUUGAACACUUUCGAGCUGAUAGUAUAGUAUAUGAUGCCGAGUUUAUCCGAGUUCGCCUUGUUCCUGAUGCUGGACCUUGGACAGUUUUGGGUCAGAGCUAUGGUGGUUUUUGUGCGGUAACCUAUUUGAGUUUUGCACAAGAAGGAUUGAAACAAGUCCUCCUAACUGGAGGAACCCCUCCACUUGGAAGUCAUUGCACCGCAGAUGCAGUGUACACAGCGUGCUUUGAACAGGUUAAACUUCAGAAUGAGAAGUACUACCAGAGGUAUCCUGAGGAUAUUAAGAUUGUUCAAGAAGUUGUCAAGUAUUUGUCAGAGUCUGAAGGAGGAGGGGUUGAACUUCCUUCUGGGGGCAUCUUAACCCCGAGAGGCCUGCAAACUCUUGGCCUCUCAUGCUUAGGUUCCUCUGCUGGCUUUGAGCGUUUGCACUACAUGUUUGAGACGGUUUGGGAUCCUGUAUUAGUUCCAGGAGCACCAAAACAAAUCAGUUACAACUUUUUGGACGCUUUUGAGAAGUCCAAUGCUUUCAACACAAAUCCACUUUAUGCUCUUUUGCAUGAAUCCAUAUACUGUGAGGGUGCUUCAUCUCGCUGGUCUGCUCACAGGAUACGGGCUGACCAUGACAGUAACUUCGACGCAAUCAAGGCUGCUAAAGAAUCUCGUCCUGUACUUUUCACUGGAGAGAUGAUCUUCCCUUGGAUGUUCGAUGAAUUUCAUGCCUUAAAGAAACUAAAAGACGCUGCUUAUAUCCUAGCUGAGAAGGAUGAUUGGCCUCCUCUAUACAGCAUCAAUGCCUUAAAUAACAACAAGGUUCCAGUUGCAGCUGCUGUUUACUACGAUGAUAUGUAUGUUAACUUCAAGGUGGCCAUGCAAACAGCUUCUCAGAUAGCUGGGAUUCGAUUGUGGAUAAAUAAUGAGUUCAUGCAUUCUGGUCUGCGAGACUCAGGAAGCCGGGUUUUUUCUUAUUUGAUGGGAUUGCUUAAUGGAAAGAAACCUUUGUUCUGAUUUAGUUAAAAUCUCAUAGCUCUCACUUAUUUUAAUUGUUCUCCUUUUUCACUUAUGUUUUUUUUUUCUUUCAAUAAUGUUUAUAUAUGUAUAAUCAUGGUUCAUAUUGUUGAUGUGUUUUACCUUUCCAAAUCA